CGCGCGUGGCUCGGGAGUAAUUCAAUAUGGCGGACAAAGUGAAGGUUGGUUUUAUUGGAGGUGGCAAAAUGUCACAAGCGAUUGCCUCAGGGUUUGUAUCAUCUGGCUUGGUGGAACCACAAAAUAUCAUUGCAAGUGCUAUCACGGAAAAUACUCUCAAUAUCUGGAAGGUAUAUGCUCUAUAUUAUUGUAAUUGUUACAUAAAUCACUUUUGUUCUUUGACUCUUUGUUCUGUGUUUAAUACUGACACGUGUUUUAUGUAGAGGAAUGAGGAUUUUUAUUUAUCUGGUAUGAAUAUACCAGAUAAAUAGAAAUCACUUUUACUUAACCAUCAAGUGCUAUAUAUGAACAUAACUAUAGCUGUCAAUGUCGACUGGUCAUCACAUAUUACAUAUAUGUGUCUCAUAUGUGGGGCUAACCCCCCCCCCCCCCAAUUUCUAGAGGGUGGGGAGAUGAGUGGGGUAACAACAUUGUAGAACCAAGAACUUUUCAGUUGCAUGGUUACCAAAAGUUAAGUAAUGUGAUUGAUGUGAUUUAAUUUAUGUGGGAAGUAAUCAGCAGGCUACAACCUAUCAAAUGUAAUGAUCAGACAUUUUACACAUUUAUAUAGUCAGAACCAAGUGAAAUUGUUAUAAUCCAUGUUAAUAGUUAUAAUGUAUGUUUUAUAUACAUGUAUUAAUUUUGAGAUGCUCUGUUCAGUGGUUGAGAUCAUUUAAUUCACCCUUUUCAAUAUUUAUGUCAAUGGGUUGUUCCAGAAAAGAUCCAUACUCCCCCCACGGAGGAAAUUUCUGCCAUCCGGAGGCGGAGGGGAGAAAAAAUUGUUUCUGAUAAUAGUAAAUGUAUUAGGACAUCCGAAGGGGGUAGGGGAGUUAACUUCCUAUUUCCUCUGUGGGGGUGGUACGGAUGUUUUCUGGAAUGACCCAUACAGCUGGUACUGUACAUCACAAAUACUUCCUCGAUCUGGGAGCCUCGAUCUCAUGAAUCAUUAAGACAGAAGGCAAUUUGUUUACAAGACAACUUGUAAGAGUGAAGUUCCUGGACCAAGGGGAGAUUUGUGAGUAAAAAAUGGUUGCAGUCUCUUCAUCACGUUAAAAUGGAAAAUUUGUGAAUGAUUUGGAAAAUUGUACAUAACCAAUACAUUUCUUACUAUAUUAUACAAAAUGCAGCAAAAAUUUUUUGUUUAAAUAUCAAAUAUUACCAAUCUAUCGCAGAAGUGAUCACACAUCCAGCAUCCUUUUUCCUGCCAACCCAGUAAUUAUUAAUGUGCCAUAAACAGGAUCGAAGAUUUUUUUAUUUUGAAGGAAUGGGGUUGUGUCACAACAUUUAGUAACAAACGAGUGGUGGAUACAUCUCAACUGGUGUUUAUUGGCGUCAAACCACAUCUAGUGUUGCAAGUUUUGAAGGAAAUAUAUGACAAUGUCACUGGUAAUCAUGUAAUUGUGUCCAUUGCUAAUGGCAUAACAACAACAACAUUUGAACAGGUAUUAAUUAGAUGUCUUCUAAACUCAAACAGUCUGUGCCAGCUACAUAAGUGCCAAAAACACCAGAGAACUGUAGAUUGGUAGGGAUUCAACUACCUGAAAAUUAUGAAAACAUCAAUGUUUCGAGCGACUUAAAGGCCCUUCGUUGGGACAUUAGUAUAGCAUGGAAUGGAUUGGGAAAUUAUUUACAUGUGUUUUUAUACUAGUGAAUAUAAAAGCAUCACAUGACAAGAAAUAAACCAAACCACGGGACCAAACAGACCCAUGAUGUGCACCUCAUGAACGUUUAUAAUGAACAUUUUUCUUAUGUUUAGCUAUAUCUGUCCUUGCCUAACUUUAUUCUCACCUUAUUCCUUACUUGUUUCAUUAUAUUCUUUAUAUUUUUAUUUGUAUUAUAUCCCAUAUUUUCCUUCCUUUUUUCCUUAGUAGUAUAGUUUCUGUGAUGUGAUUUCCAUGUUUUGUUUGCACUUUGUUUUCAUGACUUAGUCCAUCUGACUGACCAGUUUAUUUUUUGUCACAUAAUGCUUAAUUCACCAGUAUAAAAGCAUGUGUAUUUUCCCGAUCCAUGCUACUUAAACUUCCCGAAACAAAGGACCUUGACUCGAAACACAGAAAUGACACAUCAAUGCCAAAAAAUUAAAUUAAUGCAAUAUAGCCACUACAAUGCUAUUUCUAGUUGCUGCAGGACCUUACCCUCAUCAAAUCAUAAAAUAUUUUGCUCAUGGUUGCUCCCGGGCAUUGUGGGAAAGGCAUUUAGAAUGACAAUUGUUAUGCAGCAAUUAGAACAAAUAUUGUCCUUUUUUGAAAAAGUACAUUUUUGGGGGGAUAAGAACAAGUUUGUUUAUUACUUUCUAGACAUGUAUGAUUAUUUUACUAGAAACUACAUGCAUGCAGAAACCCUCGUCUUGCUGACAAAACCAUUGUAUUUUCCGAACAUGAAGUAUCUAAAGUAGUUGUCAUGGUAACACAAUAAGUUUUUAAGAAUAUUCUUACAAAUGAAAAAUCGACUUAAAAUAUCACUUUUAAUUACAAAAUUAUCAAUUUCCGAACAUAUAUAUGCUAGGUAUGUUAUUAUACAUAAUAUAAGCUUCAAUUUAAGGUAAAAUUCAACCACAAACGCUUUGCAAAACGUUUUAAAGUGUUCUUUAUAAAACCAAACUGCCUUUAAUUAAAUGGCUUUAUCGAUAAACUUUGAGUUUGCAAUAAAAUGAUUUCAAAUUCUCGCAUGCAAAUAACUUUGCUUUCUUUUUUACUUACCGGCAUUUAAAAAAUUCAAUAUAAUAAAAAAGGGAAUCAACAUUAAAGAUACACUGAAAUUAUAUGCUGCCUUGUAAUAGUUGUUUCAUAUAAGCAAAGGCCGUUGCCCAUUGGGUUUUAACGGCUAUUAAGCAAUUAUAAAAUCAAUAUUUAAAACAAACAUACCUUCGUUAAUGUCGGCUCCCUUCUUUUAGCCUAUUCUUUCACCCUUUCUUUCUGAGAAAGCUUUUGGAAUUUACAAAAUCUUGCAAAAAAUGCGAGCAAAAAUGAAAUAUAUUUGCAAGAAAUUUAUCAAUCAUCAAAUCAAGAAAUGUUUGCUAUUUUGCUGUCGUCAUGCAGUCAUUAUAAUGCAAACUUUAAUUUGGACCAAUCAGUGUCCGCUAUUCAUGACAGUCCGCCAUAUUUUUGAGAUCAGUGAGGAUGACCACCCAUGGUUGGUGACCCACGCCCGCGAUAAUUGAUGAACUUUAGACUUCGCUAAGGAAAAAAAAUUCAAAAUGAGGAAUCGGCUUUGUGUUUUAAUUACUGUAACAGACAUUGAAAACACCCUCAUUUAUGGGUCAUGUGAGUCACAAAUUACAUCAUAAACUUUACUCAUUCCCUGUCAACUUGAACUAAUUUUUUGAGACAAUCAAUAACUUGGUCAGUGGUGGUGCCAGGCCUCAGAAUUUUUUUUUUUGGGGGGGGGGGGGCAUUUGAGGGGCAAGAGCUCUAUGGUGGUAGAUAGAAUUUUUAAAAAGGUACUACUGCUAUUUGCCAAUGCCAUUGUCACAGGACUUUUGUCCCCCCCAGGAGAUUCGCCCCACUCUCAAAAGGGGGCUAUAUUCCUAGGAAUACCGCCCCCGGAGGACGAAUAUCCUAGGAAUAUUGCCCCCCAGAGGGGCGAAUGCCCCAGGAAUAUCGCCCCCCUUUAGGAUAUUCGCCCCCCAUAUAUGCGAUGUGGUUUAUUCAAAUAAUUUUGUGAUACUUUAAUCUUAUUAGUGCCUUAAGGCCCAUACAGACCGGAUGCUAUUUGGCAACACGACGCAAUUUUUCAGUUUUCAAUGACAUUUACAGUAACUUUAACAUUUUUCAUUGUUUUUCAAAUAUUCGGGACCAGUUAGCAAUUUUAGCUAUUUGGUCUGCAUACCUUGUAAAAUUUUUAUCCAUUGACGGUUUUAUUUGUUUUUGAAAACUGAAAAUUCGCGUCACGUUGCCGAAUCGCGUCCGGUCUGUGUGGGCCUUUACACGUUUGAGAAUUUAACUUUGCAAAACUAAAGCUUUUUUGUAUUUUUUGAAACGUAUUAUUGGAGUAUUGGCAAGUUUUACCAUUCAGAGAUUUACAACUACUAAUAUUGAAACUGUAAAAGACAGUUUCAUGUUUCAUGUAUACGUGCAUUCACUAAUGAGUAAUGACAACUUAUAUUAGCCAUACAUUUUCCGAUAACGACAAAACGCUUGUGUAGCCUUUAGUCGCUCUCAAUGACUAAUAAAUUUUUUGGAGGGGGGGACAAAAUGGGGGGGGGGGGAAAUGUGGGGGGCAUUUGCCCCCCCACCACCACCUUGGUACUUUUAUUAGGUACUAGAACCUGUCCACAAAAUUAUAAAAACAUUGUUGAUAGUUUCUGAGAAAAAUCACCCUCAAGUUUGGUCACAUGAGUCACAUAAAUAAAAAUUCAUGUGGAAUUGUUAGUUUUAGCACAAAAGAUGUACUGGAAAAAGUUGCUACCAAUUUCUUGAAUGAAUAAUAUUGGUCAUGUGUGUCACAUUUUUCCUCACAUGAUUCAUACUAUGGAAUAAGUUUGAUUGAACAUGCAUAGUUCUGUCAACUAUGAUGCUAACCUAGCCAAAAAUUGUUCAUUUUACAUGUUUUAAACUGAGUUAAUAGCUGUAUUAUUUGUCAUUGGUCACAUGAGUCACAUUUUUGUGUCAUGUGAGUCACGCUGCAUUUGUAAGAUUAUUUGUUAAACAAAAGAUGACUUUCAAAAAAAAUCAAUUGAGAGUCAUAGUGUCAUGUCCCAGUAUACUUUUUAUGAGAGAUAGAAAAAUAUAAAAUUAUUAAGUUGCCAGGAAAAUAGAUAAGAAUACCAUGAGGUAGAUUUUCACAGACAUUCUUUUCCGGCUGUCACAUGAGUCACGAAAAGUAAAUGGCAAUAUCUGAGGCAAUAUCUUGAAUAUCUCCCUAGGGAAAUCCCUAGGGGGUUUCUUGCCUGAAGUGAAUUUGGAUUUUGCUAAAUCAGACGUGGCAAAACAUGCAUUUAAAUCCUAAACUUUUGUGACUUGGUCACAUGAGUCACAAUGAAAUGGCUGAAUAUCGAAUUAAUUCCUUGUGUCUUAUUUCCUUAUGUCUUACUGUACAUAUGCAGUUGGGCUCAAACGUUUUGUAACACCUGCAUGCUUGUACACGAAGCUUGAUUACGUGCACAUGCAGCUCAUGCACUGCACUCAUAACUACACAAAGUAUUCGAUGAUGACAGAAAUCCUGUUAGCUGUGACAAUGUUAGCUGUGAAUUCAGUGUUUACUGUGCGAGUAACCAUUAAGUUGCUUUAUGGCUUAAUGCGGCCCAGCCACUUAUAAUAUUUAAUUUACUCUGUUUAAUGCUAGACAAAUUUUACUCAUCAAGGGGAGAGCGCUAGCACGCAAUGGGUUAAUCAGACUAUCAGCCAAAAUGUCUAGUUAAUCCAUUAAGUUGCAUUGCGCCAUAAUGCACGCUACUUUAUUAUCUUACUCUGUCUAAUACCUCUGUCUAUUUUGCUUGUCAAGGGGAGAGCCCUGGCGCUCAAUGAGUUAACACCCAUAACAGUGUGCAAGACCCAACCAUUGAUAUUAAAUAAAAUCAUUUGGUGUUAGGCAGAGUAAGGUAACAAAGUCAGGCAUAUAUUGAGGAGCAUUCGGCGGCAAUUAACAAAUAAAGAAACAUUGGUAUAGAUGGUUUUGUUGCCAGAUGAUUUUACUCAUUAAGGGUCUUUAGUUAGGCUAGAAAGAAUAAAAUAAGACCUCUGAAAGAUAUGAAAUCCGCGUAAUAGGUCAUUGCUCCCCAGCCUCCACAAAGUGACAUAGUGCACUGUCCCGCCCUUAUUUGGUAUUUUACUCUCACCUGCCUAUACAGGGUGUAUCAAAAAAGUAUACAGUUGGAAAAAGUUCACUAAAGUCAGAUGCGCGCGACAUUUGCGAAAACUUUCAGUAAGCCUAUGUACUUUAACGUUCUCUGGUACAUCUAACACUCAAAUUAUUUAAAAAAUGCUAGCGUUUUUAAAUUAAGUAGGAACGCUGUUACUAAAAUCCCCUCAAACUUUAAAGGCCUUGCGCAAAACAUUUUUCAUUGGACACAAAAUUUAAUCACACAAAGUCCAAAAUAUGGACUGUCUUGCACAAGCUAUCAAAGUUUCAAGAAAUUUGGUACGCGCGUAGGCCAGCGCGAGAUCUUCAAAACCUGGAUUUUCUCCCAUUUUGUUAGUUCAAACGCGAUUUCUUUGCAUGAUUUCAAAUUAAUUUUAUGCAUACUCGGAUGUUUGCAUAAAUUACAGUGAGAAAUUCCCAAAGGUCCUAGAGUUAUUAACAGCGUUUAUUUACAAAAUUAUUGACAUCUAGUGUUUAUUUACAAAUAAAAUCAAUCUUCAACGUGCCCUCCUAUCUGGAAGAUUGAUUUUGUUUGUAAAUAAACACUGCAUGUAAAUAAUUUUGUGAAAGGACCUUUGGGACUUGGCUUGCGAAUUUCGUACUGUAAUUUAUGCAAACAUUCGAGCAUGCAUAAAAUUAAUUUGAAAUCAUGCUUGGGUGUUAAAGGAUUGAGGAGAGGUGUAAAUUGACCAAAUUAAUCUGUAGACAGUAGACUCUUUACUAAUGCCGAGGAUGAAUCAGCUUCAAGAGACAAUUUAGUUAUUUUAUAUAAUACCUUAUUGAAUUCUGAUCGUUUAAUUAAUUGGCUGUUUAUGGUCACGUGAUAUUGAAUAGGAAAUUCCAUUUCCCAAGAGUGCAAUGGCACUCUUUGCGAGUGCAAUUGUGCUAUACGUUUUAUUCCAUUGAAUCCAUUCCAUUAAAUCGCAUCCGUCAAAAUGCUUCUCAUACGAAUCUAUUAGUCUAUUUUGGUAUUAUAUAAAACAAAUAAUGAAUGUUUAUUCGUGCAAUGGUAAGAAUAUUUUCAUUCGGUGAAAAAUGGAAAGUUCCAUCUUUCACCUCAUGAAAAUAUUCUUACCAUGAUUGCACUCAUAAACAUUCAUUAUUUGUAUACUAUUCUACAGGAGGUACUGGCUUUAAGCAAACGUUAAUGGAUGUUUUCUUACCUUGGUGUUAUAUUUUGUUUAGCACUUACCAGAUGGUACAAGUAUUAUUCGUACAUUACCCAACAUGCCUUGUGCAGUACAAGCUGGUGUAACACCUUUUUGUCGAGGUAAAAAUGCAAGCGAUAUUGAAGUGAAAUUACUGAAAGAAUUGCUACUAACAACAGGUGAGAGUGGAUAGUUACAAGUGCUGUAUCUCUUUAAGAAUCUAUCAUAAAUGCCACUAAGCCCAAAUAUGAUUUCUAGUGUGUGUUAUAUUUGAGUCAUUCUAAGAAGAAUGUAAUAAAGCUUUGUUGCAUUGUAUAAAACCUCAUCUUGCUCAUCCUGUUUUCAAGAGACCACUGUAACUGGUCACACACUGUAUCAGUUACUCAACUUAAUAGGUGAGGCUUUUUACAUAAAACGCUUUCAUUAUAAAAAGUAGCCUGGUAUGAUGUCCUUAGAUGAAUUGCAAAUUAGGUUGGCAUUUAUAUUUUCCAAGGAUGUUAGUUUUUUGGGCUGUGAAUCACAUAUAUGCAUGUGAAUGAACUGCAUAUUGUUUUAUACAUAAAAUUGUGAAUUUCAUAUCGCAUUAACUUGGGCAUGACUUAUUUAUAUAGUUCACUAAGCUGUUCUCCGAGUGUUUAACCCAUUGAGCGCCAACGCUCUCCCCUUGACGAGUAAAAUCAUGAUAAUCAUCUGGAGUUAGACAAUAAAAUAAUAAAGUAGGGUGCAUUAGGGUUAACAAGGCACAUGGACAGAUAGUCUGAUUAACCCAGUGAGCGCAAGCGCUUUCCCCUUGACGAGUAAAAUCAUCUGGCGCUAGACAGUAAAAUAAUAAAGUAGGGCGGAUUAAGGUUAAUUAGGCACAUGGACAGAUAGUCUGAUUAACCCAGUGAGCGCAAGCACUUUCCCCUUGACGAGUAAUAUCCACGUCUGGCAUUAUGCAGAGUAAAAUAAAAGUAGGCCGCAUUUCUAUGCAGUCUAAUGAGUUACAUAAAACUGUACUUUAAAAAAUAUGGGUAAUGAUUGAUACUUUAAAUGACAGAAACGAAUGUAUUCCUUUGCAUUGCUUUUGUAUGUACCACAGUAGUUAAUAUCUGUAUGUUUUCUAAUUAAACUCGUUCACUUGUUCGCUUAAUUUGUGAAUGACAUGCAUGCAGUAAACAAAUUGCGGACAGGUGUGGUUAAACCAUAUAGAAACUCGGUAGAUUGAAUCAUAGUCAAUAGAAUAAGAAGGCUAGGAAACUCCUCGAUACAGACAUAAUAGACCUAUGUUUUUGUCUUGGUUUAUGCAAAAAGGUCGUUUCAUUGUCACGUGGUAUUGUUUUUUCGUCCAACCAACCAAUAGCAGUGUGUUGGUUUGAUUACCCAGUCGUGAUAUUACACAAUGGUUAAAUGAAAACAUUACCGCCGCCUGGUGCCCAUGAAGAUGAGAUGGAGAUGCCCAGAUGACGAGGAGAACAAGUCGGAAGAUAAACAUGAGCGAGCUAGGAAAACUUGGUUGCUCUAGCGAAAAUACAACACACACAUCGAGUUUCCUAACCUUAUUCUACAGUAUUGACUAUGAUUGAAUCGAUUAUUAACCAAAAUACUGUAUGUCAUCUACAGGGGCGUGCCCAGAGGUUAAGGAGGAUUAUCUUGAUAUUAUAUCGGCCAUCAGUGGAAGUGGUCCUGCAUAUAUUUAUGUGAUGAUUAGUGCAUUGGCUGAUGGCGCCGUGAAAUGUGGCUUACCAAGAAGUCUUGCACAAUCACUUGCCGCAGAUAUGGUAAAAGGUGCUGCAACGAUGGUAAUUCAAAGUAGAAAACAUCCUGACCAGGUAACCAUUCAGGCUGAAGUACAGUAUACAUACCAAGAUAUUGAAAAAAAUGCCUUUUCAUCAUCAUCCUUAUUAAUUAAUUAUCACUUUCAUCUUCAAAUGUUGUUGAAGACAAAUUUUUGGCUCGUUCAAAAUUUAUAGUUUAAAAAUAAGAUAUUAUGUUAACGAUAGUCUACGUAGUUAUUCUAUUAAAGGGAAUGCCCCUUUUCCUUGCCAAUGUAAAACUUGUGAGUUUAUGGAUUCUGCUACCACCAUUUCAGUACCAAAAUCUCAAUACCAUGUCAAGCACCAUUUCACGUGCACCUCCUCCUAUCUCGUCUACUGCAUCUCGAUGCAGUGGGUGUGGCAUGCUUUAUAUUGGAGAAACUGGAAUAUCUUUGAGGACAAGGUUUGGUGAGCAUCUGGUACAGUCGUUGGCAACAAUGCUAACCAUGCAGCCUGUUGGCAGACUUUUUAAUAGUAGGAAUCAGCAUGUCACCGCACAAAGAACGCCCCCGUGACAGCUAAAAGUUAGAAAAGGAGCUACAUAUAUACCUGUACAUGCACUAUACUGGUCACACGUUUGAAUUAUUGAAUAUGUUUUUUUAGUUAAAAGAUGAGAUAUGUUCGCCAGGUGGCAGUACAAUAGUUGCUCUCCAUGAAAUGGAAAAGAAUAGUUUCCGAGGGACUGUGAUAAGUGCUGUUGAAGCGGCUGUGAAUAAGAGUAAAGCUGCUGGAAGAGACAAUAAGUGAACUGUAGGUAAACCAUUCCGCAGGGCCGGUGUGGACCACUGCAUGGUACUGUAGGUCCUCAGAACUGUAUUUGCUUAAGAAAUGGACCCAUGCACACAAGGAGCCCUUACUAUCUUAGGGGACAUUUGAGUAUUCUGUAUACUGUGCAGCAAUUAUAUUAGGGUACUCUUUAUCUCGAGCUGAGACUUCAAGAGAACUUAAGAAAUCAUGAGCGUUGAGCAUGUACUAUUUAAAUUUCCCGAAGUUUUUGUUCGCUCGCUCGCAUGAACAAAUUCGCGUAGUGAAAGGGGGAUUUAAGGCUGGUUACACUCUAAAUGUCCUAGUGAUUACAAUGGCGUCAGUAAACUUAUAGGACAGUGACUGUUCACUUGAAAUUGUGUUUUUGAAUAAGUUUUACAUUCCUCUGUCUUUCUGAAGCGCCACGCCGUCCCUGGGCAACAUCAACAUGCAGACAAGCGUGAAAAUUCAUAUUAAAUCUGUUUGACAAUUUGUAGUGCUUCGUAUACUUUAUUAGACUAUGUUGGUGCACAUGCAUGAUUUAUUUAUAUAUACUAUAACUGCGUAGUAAGUAUAUUUAAAGACUAUAAGGUGUUUUUCAUAUUAGAUUGAUAUCUGCAUGUAAGUAAGGGAAUAAUUCUAAUAUAAAAGAGGUAAGAAUGCAUGUUCGUACUAUAUGUGUGUAUGUAAGUAGAAGUAUAUAUAGGUUAUCAUACGAGGGGCGAAUAUGAAAACGUCUAUCUUGAUGACGCUGUGUUUUUGCCGGCGUGAUUGAACCACUAUUUUCGGCGAAACAAAUCAUUAGAGAGUUUAAAAGCCGAGACAUAUACAGGACGCGACUGGACAACGCGGCGCGAUUUUUCCGUUUUUGAAAGUUAAUAAAACGGCCAAUAAGGGAAAUUUUAAAAGAUACGUAGACCAAAUAACUCAAAAUGUUAUGGCGCUUCUAAAUAUUUGGAAAACCAGGAUCAAAGUUAUCGGUCAG